CGCGCGCUGACCGAUUGCGCUCAUGUCGGGUCCGCCCAUAAUGAAGUGGCUGUGCUUGUUUGUGUUGUUUCUGUGUUUGCGGUGCGAGGCGAACAAGCCGAGGCGAGGCCGAGGCAGCAUGUGGUGGGGCAUCGCAAAGGCGGGCGAACCAAAUAAUUUAUCACCCUUAUCUCCAGGGGUCCUGUACAUGGACCCGGCUGUUCACGCAACCUUAAGGAGAAAGCAGCGGAGGUUAGCGAGGGAGAACCCUGGAGUUCUCGCAGCAGUAGCCAAAGGAGCCAGCAUGGCUGUAGCCGAAUGCCAGCAUCAGUUCAAAUACAGAAGGUGGAACUGCUCCACAAGAAAUUUUUUGAGAGGGAAGAAUCUCUUCGGCAAAAUUGUUGAUAGAGGUUGCCGUGAAACAGCGUUCAUAUACGCCAUCACGAGUGCCGGGGUAACGCACGCGGUGUCCCGCGCGUGCGCGGAGGGCUCCAUAGAAUCCUGCACCUGCGACUACUCGCACAUCGACCGCUCGCCGCACCGCUCCCGCGCCGCCGCCGCCGCCAACGUGCGCGUCUGGAAGUGGGGCGGCUGCAGCGACAACAUCGGCUUCGGGUUCAAGUUCAGCAGGGAAUUCGUGGACACCGGGGAGAGGGGCAAGACGCUCAGGGAGAAAAUGAACUUACACAACAACGAGGCCGGCAGAACGCACGUGCAAACGGAGAUGCGCCAGGAGUGCAAGUGCCACGGUAUGUCUGGCUCCUGCACGGUGAAGACGUGCUGGAUGAGGCUGCCGACUUUCCGGUCUGUAGGCGACGCCUUGAAGGACGGCUUCGACGGAGCGUCGCGGGUCAUGAUGCCCAACACCGAGCUGGAAGCGCCGGCUCAGCGGAACGACGCCGCCCCGCACCGGGUCCCGCGACGAGACCGAUACAGAUUUCAACUCCGGCCUCACAAUCCUGACCACAAAACACCCGGGGUCAAGGACCUAGUAUACUUGGAAUCAUCGCCGGGUUUCUGCGAAAAGAACCCGCGGCUCGGCAUCCCCGGGACGCACGGGCGCGCCUGCAACGACACGAGCAUCGGCGUCGACGGCUGCGACCUCAUGUGCUGCGGGCGCGGCUACCGCACCGAGACGAUGUUCGUCGUGGAGCGAUGCAACUGCACGUUCCACUGGUGCUGCGAAGUCAAAUGCAAACUGUGUCGCACGGAAAAAGUAGUUCACACCGAAAUAAAAUUUUCUUUUUAUUCCUUCAUUCAUGCGAUGUUAAUGUGCGUUAGAGAAACGUGGGCAAAAGUUGUAGUUUCUUGUAUUUUUAUGUUUACUGUUAACGCGGCGAUAUUUGCUGAAACUUCACGAAGAAAAUAUGAACCAGAACCAUUGUUAUACUACAACACAAGAUCAGAAGCAGGCUUUGAUCUUAAUCAGGAGGAUAUGACAAAGUUCCAUAUCUGGCCGACAGGGAUCAUACCGUAUUACAUCGAUGAUUUCUCAUUUGAUAAAGUUUUACGUGACAGAAUACGCAUGUUCCUCGAUGGAGUCAAUAGGUUAACCGUUUUACGUUUCAUGGAAAUUCCGAAACCACCUGAAGAUGAUGAGACCAGAUGGGUGCUUUUCCUUAACAGAAAGGGCUUGCUUGGUUGCGCUGAUCAUCCGUUCAAGCAUUUUACUAACGAAGGAGUUCAGAAGGUUGUGUUGGGCUACGAUUGUAUGAAUUCGGAUGAAAACUUAGCUGAUAUUGUGCUGUCUCUGGUCGGUGUACCUCCGCAACAUAACGCUCCUGAUCGAGAUAAAUACGUAGAUAUUAUGAAAGAAAAUAUUUUAGCAGAUAAACUACAUUUAUUUAAUAAAUUAAAGGACACAGAAUGGCUGUUUCACAACCUGACAUAUGAUUUUGAAAGCGCGGGGCACUACGGACCCUACAAGCAUACUUCAAACGGAAAAGUUACAGUUCAACGAAAGCCACGUGAUUAUUAUGUAUGUCACACUCAUGACCCUAUCUAUUAUAAAUUGCAGCCAGCUCCCAUACCUACAGAAAAAGGGUUUAGUUCGCAAGAUAUUUUGAAAAUUGCAAUGAUUUAUAACUAUAUCUUAAGAAACCAUGAAACCCCAGUUCCUGAGUGUAGUAAACUCUUUGCGCCAGGUAGCGAACUGGUUCCUAUCCAACACAACAAGAAUCUUGAUAUAAAGCCCAGGAAAAAGCCUAGCCAGUAUAUGGGUGAAUCAGAAAAAGAGCAAAUCUCUGAUAAAGAAGAAAAUCAUAAUGAAGAAGUGAAUAAUGACGAUAAGACGAUAUCUGAUGACAAUGAUAGGAAAGACAUUGCAGAAGUUUAUAAUGAAAGUGAAAUGGAAAAAAAUGAUAGUAAGAAUAAUGACAGCGAAAAUGUAGAAACUGAAAAAGAGUUUGAUUCAAGUGAUAAAACGAAUGAUGACAGUAUAAAUCAAUACAAUAAUGAAGACGCUAAUCGUCCUGAGGAUGAUAAUGGUGAAGAAAGAGAUUAUGAUGUAAUUAGUAGUGAAGGAAAUAAAAAUAAACUAAAUGCAAAUAAUGAACUUAAAAAUGACGAUGAAGAUAAUAGUAAAGAAAAAAUAGAUUAUGAUGUUAGUAAAAACACAAAGAAACUGAAUGCAUAUGAGAGUGAUGAUAAUUAUAAAAAACUAAAUAAUCAUUACAGUCAUAGUAAUAAAACAGAAAGUGAUCACGACGCAAGUAAAAGUGAAGGAAAAAACAAUAACACUAAAAAGGAGAAAAAUAGUAAUGAAAUAAGUGACAAAGAAGGUAAACAAUCUAGCGAAAAUAAUGAGUAUACUGAAAAUAUUACGACAUACGAUGAUAUAGUAAAUACCACACGUUUCUACAAUCGCAAGCCUUUAAAACAUAGAAUUGUUAAUCCUAAGAAAAAAAAACUACUAGGGCAAUCCGACUACGAAACAGGUGACGAAGGAAAAAACAAGUAUAUUCACGAGUUUUAA